AUGAAGCUCUCUCCUAUACUCCACUUCGCUGCACUCGGCGCCGCCCUCGUUAUCCCAGACGAGGGGGUGCUCAGUGAAGUUGCCGCAGAGACCCGUAAGAUCAGUUCGUCUGUCUACGAGGAAAUUCAAUCGAGCUUCUCCAAUGCGGUCGAGAAUUCAAAGAACGCGCUUGACAGCGCCUUAGACUCACUUUCUCAUACGAGCAGCAGUUUCAACGACAAGCUCCAGGAUACUGCAUAUAACGUCGAUGCUUGGUUCAACAGCCAUCUGCCGUUCGAGGACUUCAGUGGCGGCGAACACCCACCACAUCAUGGGCCACCACACGACGGACCUCCUCAUCACGGCCCUCCCCAUCAUGGCCCACACCAUCCCCCGCACCACGGCAAGCCCAACAUGACGGUAUACCAAUUGAUUGCAGAGUCGAAGUACACGACCAAGCUAGCGAAGCUCAUCAAUGACGACGAAGACCUCGUCAAGCUACUCAAUGGUACCACGGCCAAUUUUACCGUCUUUGCGCCAACGGACCACGCCUUCGAGAAGAUCCCAGAGCAUGCGCCUAAGCCGAGCAAGGAGAUGAUCAGGAAGCUGCUCAGUUACCACGUCAGCUCCGACUUUUAUCCGGCCGGCCGCGUCUUGAAGACUCAUACCAUUCCGACUAUAUUAGGGGAACCCAGCUUGGGCAAGAAGCCAAUGCCGCAGCGCCUCGCCGUCAAGCUCACCCUUAGGGGCCUGACGCUGAACUAUUACGCGAGGAUUGUGGCCGUCGACAUUUUCGGCACCAAUGGCGUGAUUCAUGGCUUGGACGAUAUUAUCAUCCCACCACCCAAAACCCUUGAAAUAAUCGACCUCUUCCCAACCGAGUUCUCCACCCUCGAGCUCGGCCUCGGCAAGACCGGCCUCCUUGACACGCUCAACACAACCGCCCACGCCGGCGGCACAUUCUUCGCUCCCUCGAACUUCGCGUUUAGGAAGCUCGGUCCCAAGAUCAACGCCUUCCUGUUCAGCAAGUACGGGCUCAAGUACCUCAAGGGCCUUCUGGAGUACCACGUUGUGGUUAACCAGACGCUCUACUCGGAUGCAUUUUACAAGAGCACGGGCGAGGAGUCAAUGGAUCAUCAUGACGGCAAUGGAUACUUUCAUGUUGAUCUGCCCACACUGCUUGAUGACCGGUCCUUGAGCGUCGACGUCGCCCGCUACGGCCCCUUCAUCUCCAUCAAGAUCAACGGCUUCAGCCGCGUCACGGCCCAGGACGGCGUUGCCAAAGACGGUGUGAUUCAAGUCGUGUCUGAUGUGCUCAUUCCGCCCAAGAAGCUGGGAGGUGCGCAGGUCGAGUACUGGACUGGCGAGGAGAUGAGUGUGGAGGAGUUCAUGGAACGCCUCGAGCCGUUCGUGCAGGACGAUCGGCUGGAUUUGUAG